GAUGGUGAUCCAAGCAACUAUAAAAAGCAUGGCUUUGUGGGUAUUUCAGAGCAGACGGAGCUUCACCUCCAACUACAAAAUCCAAAUAUUUCAACCAUGUUUGCCCUGUUCUUCAUGUUGUUUACCACCAUCAUCGCACCACUAAUUCCAACCCUCUCUUCACAACCACCACCACCACUAGUUCCAACCCUCUCUUCACAACCACCACCACUACCCGACUCCAAAUUUCCCUCCCUUACUCCGCCUCCACCACCAACAGUGCCAGCAUAUGAGUCGCCUCCAAUCCCACAUUUUCCCCCUUUCCCUCCAUCACUACCAGAUUACAACAUAUGGACUCCACCAAGUGAACCACAACCAGUAUCCGCGCGGUUCGUGCUGGGGUGUAUCUUGGUUCUAUCAACAUCAAUCGCCUUAAUCGCAGUGACGAUUUACUUUAUCCGGCGAAAAGGGAAGAAAGGGGACCAAGGGCCGAAAGGGGACAAAGGUGAGAAAGGGGAGAAAGGGCCGAAAGGGGAUCAAGGGCUGGAAGGGCCGCGAGGGUAUCCAGGGACGUCAACCUGCCAGAGCUGCUCGGGCCGCCCCAGCUGCCAGUGCCGUAGUAGCUGCCAGGAAAAGACAGGAUGGUGGUAACUGAUGUGCAUGUGCGAAUGUUGUGGAAUCAGCCAUCAUCUAAUAGCAACGAUUUAUGUCAAAGUUUUGAAUUGAAGAUUGCAAAUGCAAGUUAUAUUAAGUCGUGGGUCUUCCAUGAGCUUUGAACAUUGGUUCUAAUGUGAUGUGCUUGUGUGGUUUGGAAUAGUUGUUUUAAUUUGGAAUUGUAAUUUUCUUACUUAUAAAUAAGGUUAGUGGUAUUUGUGGAAGUUUGGAGGUUAGUAUUUGCAAAUGAUUUGCGUUUCAGGGAUUAAUUUUGUCAUGGUGUUUGGAUUUCAUUGUAAAUUGUGUUUGUUUU